CCGCCAGAAGUCAAUGUGAUGAAUAUCAGCAGAGAGACCGACCCAGUUUCUCAGAGUGUUUAAGAUGGGUGGAGCUGGCUGGGACCCAAACUUAUACAGCUGCACUGCUGCUAAGGGACACGAUCAUCAUCAUCCUAUCCAUAAGUUUUUCAAGUGUAGGAACUGGUGAUUGGUCUGCGUUAAACCGUGUAAUGGAAAAUCGUGAGGAUGAAGCUGACCAGCAUCGCAACACAAUGCUGGGAGAGGGGAGCUCCAGAGGGGAUAGCACCCCUCCAUCCAAGCAUAAAGGCAGCAAGUUUUCUACCCUUGGAAAGAUCUUUAAGCCGUGGAGGUGGCGGAAGAAGAAAAGCAGCGAGAAAUUCAAGGAAACUUCUGAAGAGCUGGAGAGGAAGAUGUCAACAAGGCGAACGCGACAGGAGCUGAUUGAACAGGGUGUGCUCAAAGAGAUUCCAGACAACGGGGGAGAUGCUCCAAAUCUGAAACAAUCUUAUGUGAAGAAUGGCCACACUCUACCAGUUAGGGUUGGUGGAGAAGUUGUCAGCAGUGUCAAGAGUCCAAGCAAACCCCCCACAGAGCCUGACUACAGGAAGAAGCCUUCGUGGCUCAGCCAACCAGAUGAUCGCAAAGGGCACUCUCCCUCAGAUGGUGUCCGCCGCGGAGCUUUGGCCACCAGAGGUACUGGACUUCAGGAGGAUGGAUGGAGACUAGGGGUCAUGGGACCACGAUCCCAUGCAGAGGGGGAAUGGAAAUCCAACCUGGCCUGGCAGGGUCAGAUCCACAGGCAGAUGGAGGAGGGCAGACGUGGGGGCAGGCUGCACCCUGAGGAUGGGCAGAGGAGACCUGGGCUGCAGAAGGCUCCAUCAGAAGACGGCAGGAGGAGUCGACCCACAGAAGGAGACUGGAAGCCGACGCUUCCUCGACAUGCAUCUGCAGAGGAGGGAAGGGCCUGGAGAGAGUCGGACAGCCAUUUUUUGCCUGACCCAGAGGGUGUUCAGGACACUUUGCGAGAACCAUUGCCACCUAAACAGUCAGUCAUACCUCCAAAAUGGCUCAUAAGCUCCACCCCAGAACCAGGAAGUGAGGGUUCAACUCGAACACUGUCCAACCACCCCACCACUCAGUACUCGUCUCUGUCGGCUGUGACUUCCAAACCUGUUCGGUUGGUGUCCUCUGCAGGGACCAGCACUCAGCAGGUUACUUUGACUUCCACCUCUCAGGCAGUCAAGCAGCCCCCAGUGCCUCCACCCAAGCCCAUGAACCGAGGCAAUGCAGGAACGCUGGUCUCUGCCCUGCAGGGGGGAGAAAACGCACAGCUUCCGCUCUACUGGUCCUGCUGGAAGCGAGAGUGUGACUAUGAUGUCUACCUGUCCCUGCCGGUGUACUUGUGCCGGCGGGCCGGAGGCCUGCGCUCAGGUGACUUCACUCAGACUACAGGGGGCGCCAGUCAUGUCGCCAAGCCCUCUCCCCCCAUGCCUCCUAAAAGGACCACCCCGAUCACCAAGCGCGGCAUAGAAGACUCUGCUUUGAGCCCUUCCCCACACUCCCUAGAAGACCACAGCAGCCUAUCUGUGGGGUUCCAGAUGCCCCCUCCUCCCUCCCCUCCUCUGCCAACUCACAUUCCCCCCUCCCCACCCCGCCAGCAAAUACACUCCCACCACCUCCACCAUCAGCACUCCUACCCGCACCCACUGCCCCAACCCAUCCCAAUGCUUUUCGACCUGCCAAGCCCCACCAACGAGUCCCCUCAGCACCCGGCCCCCGUCCCGCUGCACAUCAUGAUCCAGCGUGCACUUUCCAGUCCUGGGCCGGCCCAGCCACACCCAGAUGGGUUGCAGCGGGCCCACGCUCUGCUGUUUGAAACCCCCCCGGAUUACCAGGGAGAGCGUGGCCGUCCUCUGCCCGUCAGCAUCCAACCUCUAAAACUAUCUGAAGAUGAUUACUCUGAGGAGGAAGACGAUGAAGAGGAAGAGGAGUAUGACGGCGAGAUCCCCCAGCCAGAGCUGGAGCCUCGGAGUCGUCUGUGCCUGAUUGGAGAUGCCGGGGUCUGCUUUCUCCCAGGAGAAAAUGGGAGUGAGGGUGAGGAAGUUGAAGAAGAUGAGGAGGAGGAAGAAGGGGAGCAUCACAUGCGAGAAGAUGACAGUGACACAGAUGGUCCUAUGCUUCAUAAAGAUGAGGAUGAGGAGGAUGAGCCUCCACCAAGUGCUCUGGCCAGCAAAGUGAAUAGAAAAGACACUCUGGCUCUAAAGCUGGGCAGCCGUUCAUGUGUGCCUGACAGGGACAGGUUCGUUCAGGACGGGAGCAGUAGGGACGAGCAGCCUCAUGGACAGGGGCUCACCUGGCAGAGCAGGGAGCAGUGGGAGGCCAUCCGCACUCAGAUCGGCACGGCACUCUCGCGGCGACUUAGUCAGAGACCCACCGCUGAGGAGCUGGAGCAAAGAAACAUCCUUCAGCCUAAAAAUCAGGCUGACAGACAGGCGGAAGUCAGAGAAAUCAAGCGGCGGUUGACCAGAAAGCUGAGUCAAAGACCCACGGUUGCAGAACUGCAGGCGAGAAAAAUCUUAAGAUUCCAUGAAUAUGUGGAAGUCACAGAUGCCCAGGACUAUGACCGGAGGGCAGACAAGCCAUGGACCAAGCUGACUCCAGCCGAUAAGGCCGCCAUCCGAAAGGAGCUUAAUGACUAUAAGAGCACUGAAAUGGAGGUUCAUGAAGAAAGCAGAAUCUACACAAGGUUUCAUCGGCCUUAGCAUCAUCUAUCAGACCAUGAAGCACUUGGAGUUUGUGUGAAAAGCAGCUGCUCCGUUGGCACUACUGUUUCCCAUUCCAGAAUGUUCUGUACCAUUCAUCGAAGAAAGCCUGGACUCAGAAGGACAGAGCUUGUUGCUUGCUCAUUAUUACCCUCUUAACUACAUCGCUUUUGCUGAACUGAAAUCUUAGCGGGUGAGGAGGGGAUGCAGUAUUUCUCCCAUGCGAUAGGGGGAGCCACGUGCUAGAGAAGAGGAGGGGUGGUAGAGGACCUAGAGUAAUGCGGCUGACCUCAUUCCGCUGCUGCUGUGCAGUUCCCCUCAGGGACUCAGAUCUAGUUACAUUUAGUGCAACCUCGUUCUGUGUUGCCUUUUCUCUUCUUUACUGUAUAUGGAAACGCCAGCUCCUCUUCAUAUAAAGGCUUACAAUAAAAAUGCUAAUAAUGACAGUCGCCCAGAAUAUACAGUAAGGGAUACAUAAUAUAAACAGUCUGCUGUGUCAUGAGUGGACAUGAGGAUAAAGACUGCUUUAGAACUGGACAUCUCUGGGACUUUGUGUUUUCUAUUGUGAACAGACAGUUAAAAGAACGAAACUUGAAAGUGAUUCAAUGUCAAAAUAUUCUGCACAAAAAUUUCGCAAUGUGAUUCUGAUCACAAGUAGGGACCGCUUUUUUUAAGCUUUGCCUGUGAUUGUUGUUGUUAUUUUAAGGUGGCCAUUAAUGCGUCAAACUAAGCUACCGAGACAGAUGCAGGUCAAGACGUUAUUUGUAUUUCUGUGCCAACAUAACCUUUUCCUGACAGACUAUAGGAGACUAAUUUCUGCAAUCCACUGCAUGAGCCAACACCUAAAUCCAGUGCCAUUGGAUCUAGAUGAUCUUUCUCCAGUUAUACUUUUUAUGAGUUUUUGUAUUUCCCUUUAAAUAUCGCACAUGCAAUGCUUUGUGUAGCCAUUUUGAAUAAAGUUCUGCUAAAAAUGUCUAUACUAGUGUAAGUUGUUGUAGAUCAGGGAUUUAUUAAAAAUCAUAUAUUUGUUUACUCGGUCUACAGGGAGUCAUUUUGGCUGGCCCCUUUGAAUCUGCAGAUGUGUUUUAUCUUGUCUGGCCAGUAGCUUACAGGGUUCUCAAUACUGUGGAAAACUUAUGUUUAAUUGAUGCUUCUGUAUAUCUUGUCUUCCUUUCGUUUGAGAAUAAACUUUAAAAAUAAAAUCAUUAUAGGUUGCUAUUUUUUUAAUUGCAAAAUAUUAGUUUAUGAUCAAAUGCUAAAAGAGUGGGAAGGUGAAAAUGUAUGUUUUCUGUUACAGCUUUUUAUUUUAAAUCGAAUGUGUAAAUGUAUAAACUGAAUGUUUUUUAUCUGUAAAUAGCCACUUCUGGUUCUAAAUUAGAAUUAAUUAAAAAAAAUCUU